AUGAAAGCAAGAGGAGAACCUUUCAAGGUUCUAUCCUUCGUGUCUUGUCCAUUAAAACUCAAUGAGUACCCCUACCAGCCAACUGGUGAUUGCAUUGGUGACAAAAAGAAAAUCAAAGUUUGGGACAGUUUCUCUACAACCCUUUGCUGUCGAAACGCCCUCGCUGUUUUGUCACAGGCCUUAGCCCUACAGGCAAGAGUUGGAGAGGGAAGCAACUUCAUCCAGGAAAACCAAUGGAGAAACUGUAACGACUUGUUCCCACAGCAACAAUCUGUUUCGAUUCAAUCCUGUGGGUUUGAUCACUUCUUUUAUGGGAGCAGCCAAUGUUCUAGCCUUUCUUUGUCGACCAUUAAUGGGAUUCGGGGGAAUGCCUCAAAACAGUGUGCUCAAUUUAGCUCUCCAUCAUUUGAUACUGCUUGUGGGAAUUGUGUCGAAGCAAUAAAACAAGAAAGGGAUGAUCUGUUGAAGAAUCUGAAGGCAAAGGGAAAUAAUACCGAAAAGGCCAUAUGUGGAGUGGCAGUUGUUAUUUCUGUUGCAGCUGCAGAACACAAUGAUUCCUUUGUGAUCGAUGAUUAUUACAGGAAUUGUGUCGAAGCAAUAAAACAAGAAAGGGAUGAUCUGUUGAAGAAUCUGAAGGCAAAGGGAAAUAAUACCGAAAAGGCCAUAUGUGGAGUGGCAGUUGUUAUUUCUGUUGCAGCUGCAGAACACAAUGAUUCCUUUGUGAUCGAUGAUUAUUACAGGUGUUUGCAUGCUUUGGAUACCUUGGGUAUGGCUUGA